AUGCAACUUAAUGGCGCAGUGCCCCCACUCACUCUAUCAAUGCCUUUUGGGGGCUUCCUAUUAUCUGUAGCCUCAAUGAGGGAACGUGAGAGGCGCGCACCCUCUUGUUAUAUGAUCAGCCGUUUUGUGUUGUUGUGCUCGGAGUGCAACAGCAUACGUGUUGUUGCGAGCUUAGGUGUCUAUGCGUGUUUCGCAGUCGGCGUAAUUCAAGCCUUAGCACAUCCACGCAACUUUCCCUCAUUCCUCGCUCACCUCCGCCGUUUCUCCGCGAGGUCGAUGAGCAGAGUCACGCUUUCCGAGUGUCUCAUCAUCGACGUACUCAUACUCCCGCCCCUGCUUCAUCAUAACCAUCUCCUACAUUGUGAACACAGAUCCGUUUCUCGUGCUCUCCACUCUACAAGAGAUGAUGCUCUGUUUUUUUUCUUUUUCACGUUGACCUUGACGGCAUGUGGCGAAGGUGGCAUCACAGAACCACAGACACACACACACACGCGCUCUUCGACGCAGACGAGGGCGAGCGCUCCCGGGGCGGAGCUAGUGCGCGUUCGUGCUGACAAAAAAAAGGAGUGA